UUAUUAUUUUUCCUUGAAAAGAAUAAAAGGUCUUCAUCAAAGAAAAUAUUAUUUAAGGAUAAGAUUUUGAAUGUUUAACCAUAGAUAACCUUUUCACUAUUCCUAGCUUUUCGGUUGCUAUGGCGCCAAAAUUUCAAACAACGCCGCCCACACAGUGACUUGUAAAAAUCUUGUAAAAUCCAAAGACUUGUAAAAUCAAAUAAAAUACACAGGCCGAUAUUUUAAAAGAGAAAUAAGAUAAAAACUUUAUGAAAUUAUUAUCGAGCUAAGGAUUUUUCUGUGGAUACAAUAAACAAUAAUGAAUUUUAAUAUUGAAGAUCCUUUAGCAGGUAUUUUAAGUGACGGUAGUGACGAUAGUUUCUUUGACGAUGAUAUACUGGGAAAGAAAAAGCCUCCAAAGAAAAAAGAAACUCCUACAGCGGAAAGGAAAAACGCUUUAUUCGAUAUAGGUGAACCAAUAACGCAAACUAAUAACACUAAAGCUGAAGAUAAAGAUUUGUUUGGAGAUGAGAACUUGAAACGAGAGUCGUCAUACAAUGAGGUUAAAAGUGCUCAAAAAGCAUCUCCAACACCUUUCAAACGUACAAUAUCUAAAGAUUCAAUCAAAAUUAAUCAGAAUGAAGCAAAAACUAAACUACUGACUGAAAAAAUUGAAGUAGCAAAGUCCCCAGCUAAAUCCAAACCUAUCAUGAAUGUUGAUAAAUUAAAUAUUCUAGACGAUGCAAAGAAAGAUCCAAUGAAACCUCUUGAAAGGGGUAAAAGUUCGCAAUCUUUAUUUGAUGACAUUUUGGGAGGUCCAUCAUUAAAAUCAGGCACAUCAACUCAAUUUACAAAACCCACGACUGCUGCAAAAAAAGAGGAUUUUGAUUUAGAUUCUAUUUUAGGAAACACAGAACCUAAAACUACCUCUAGUAAAAUUGAAUCACAAAAACCUGUAAAAAUUGAGCCCCCAAAAGAUAUUAAACCUAAAAAAGGUAAACCCAGCGAUGACUGGCUAGGAAUUUUUCAAGAAAAAGACGAAGUUAUGGAAGAGGAUGAUACCGAUGACGUACCAGCAUGGUUAGGAGGCGGUGAUAAAAAGAAAAAGGCUGUUAACGAACCAAGUAUGAAAACUAAGCCAACUAAACAAUCACAUCCUGAAGAAAAACCUAAAUCAGUAGUUGAAACUGAUGAGACAAACAAAACUACUAUUGAUUCUAAUAUAGAUAAGGUUAUGAAAGCUGAUUUUACUCCUAAUGCCCCAAAGCUGGAUAUAAAUCAGGAAGAUUUAACAAUGGAAGGAGCGUCUCUUUAUUUACAACAACAAGAAUCUCAGCUAAUGAUUGCUCUGCAGUUGAAAGCACAAGAUGAAAAGUUAGCUUCAAUGCAGUUGCGACAGAAAGAAAGUCAGCGAGUACAACGUGAAGCGGCGUUAGCACAACACGAACAGAUCGACGCGAUGCUUCGGCGACAAGCCCAGCACAGGCAGCAGAUGCAGAAUAUCAUUGCUGCACAUCAGGAGCGAAUCACACAAAGGAUAAAAGCUUUAUUAGGUGAUGUCAAUACUGAACAUGACGAAGAACUAGAAAUGACAAAUGAAUAUGAAACUACAGAAAAUCGUAAAGAGAGUCCACAGGCAAAGGAAAGGAAGCAAUUGCUGCAACUUGUACAAUCUCUGCAAGAAAACCAUGACAAAGAAGUUGAUUUAAUGGAAACUUCUUAUAGACGACAGCUAGCUUUCUUAGAGGUUUCUUUUACUCAAACAGAAGAAAGAAUGAAAGAGGAGAGCGAAAAACUCGUAAAGUUCUACGCGGAGAAAAUAAGCUGGCUUGACGAACACCAUCAGUUGUAUAAGAGGAUGUAUGAAGAUAAUUUAAGCUCUUUAACAGAAAGACAUAAAAAUGAACAUGAUUUGAUUAGACAACAACAUUUGGAGAAUAUUAAAGUUUUACAGGAGCAUCAUGCAGCUUUGAUGGAGAAUAUCAAAAAUGCAGUAAAACAGGAGCAAGUACUGAUAAAAGAUUCUGCUAGUUUUUCAUCGGAUCUUCAGGAAUUGUUGUCGAACGUAAAAAUUGGUAAUGAAAAAUGUGGUCAGUUAUAUGAGAAAGUCGAAUUACUUUCACAAAAUACUCACAGGGAUACAGAGAGAAGUUUGCAGAUACGAGAAACCCAAAUAACUGAUAUGAUAGAACAACUGAGAAAGGAAAGAGAGAGUUUUGAAAAAGAGAAAUCAGAAAGCAAAAGUAUGGUUAACAUGUUGGAAGCUCGACUGAAACAAAUGACUUCGAUGAUUGAAGAAGAAUCUGCAUUAUUAAGGCAAAAGAAAAUGGAAUUCGAGUUCGAAAAAGCAACGUUUAGCAAACAAACGGAAUUUGCAAAAAAUGUGUUGAAGAAACAAGAUGAAGAAAUUAAGAUGUUAAAAGAAGAUAUACAAAAAGAAUACCAAGAUAAAGUUGCGAAGAUAGAUGAAGAAAGGGCUAAAGCUUUGAAAGACAGUGCUUUGGUUGCUAAGGAGAAAGCUUCUAUACAGAGUUUGAAGUUGGAACUUGAGAAAACGAAGGCAGAAUUACAAGCGCAGUUGGAAGAGCUAACAGAAGAAAGGACGAAGAUAAACACUGAGAAACAAGAGUUGCAUUUGGAGGAACAGAGAGUCAUGUCCAAAAGCAGAGACUUAGACCUACUAGCCAAGACAGCAAUGGAGAAGCAGUCCCAAGCGGACAAGAAAUAUUCCGAAGCUGAAUUCCUCCAAAGAAAAUACGAAGAUAGGAUACGAAGAGUUCAGGAGCAUGUCGUCUCACUUAAUGCGAGAGAAAAGCAAAUUGCUAAGGAAAAAGUGGCUUUAUCCAGAGAAAGAUUGAGUUUACACAAUGAAAGGAAAGAGAUAGACAAUCGUCAACAGUGUUCUUUAUGCAGAAGUUCACAAUAUAAUACGGAAUAUGCUUACAUGGCGUACAAUGCGCCUGCUUCGAGGGUAUACGGUGAUGUGUCAAGGGAAUAUGGGAAUUUAAGCGCUCCUGUGAACGUAGUAGAGGCGGAAAUGGCUCAACUGAUGGGAAGGGUUGGACAUGAAGUAAAUGUGGAUGGGAUUGAUGGAGAUCAAGAACCGGGGCCGUUAAAGGAUUACAUGGAUCCAAAGUUAAUGAUGCUGCGCUUAGAUGUUCAGCAAGUAAUAAGUCAUUUAGACCAAACUAAGAAAGACGAAAUAAAAAAUAGUCAUCAGGAAUGACAGUUUGUCAUUACUAAACUAUGGGGAUGAAUCAGGCAUAGUACUCAUACCUACGCAUCACGAAAGUUGAACCAUCGUCCAUCUCAACCCAUCGUCCACUACUAAGCACGGGUCUCCUCUCAAAAUGAGAAGGACUUAUAAUUCACCACGCUUGCCAAGUACGAACUGACAGACGUGAGGUGGGCUAAUUAGUAGUGAUUAUUUUCGUAAGGCCAAAUGUGUUCGUUAAAAUAAUGAUAAAAUGAAAUAAAAAGACUGAAAAUAUAUUAGAAUUGUUUCAUUUAAUUUACUUCGACGAUUAUAACAUUUUUAUUAUUACGUAUUUUUUUCUUAUAAUAUUAAUCGUGUUAUCAAAAUGUACACAAAUGCUUAACUAAAGGAUAUCCUUAUUAAUAUUUCAAUGUAAAAAUAGUAACUAUACAUAUUUUAUUUUUAUUUUAACUAUUUAAGGAUACUAAGGUAUGUUACUAAACAUAUAGAUUUAGAAGUACAUACGCUUAAUGGCUUUAUAAUAAAAUUCAUAAAUUAAGAUUAUUGCUUAUAUAUAUUUUUAAUUAUGAUUCGGAGCAUCGGUUUCCUUACACCGAAUUUUAAACUACCUACAUCCAGUCUUAAGGUAAAAAAAAAUCGUUUUAGGUAGCAAUAAUAAUAUAUGGACGGCCUGGCCUUAUAUUUGUCUAAAACUAACCCAGAUCUAAAAUUCUACACUAUG